AUGGAUCAACCUUUUACCUAUGACAAGUUUAUUGAGAUGUGGAAUACAAUGUUUCCUGCGAAUACUAUAACAGCUAAUGAUUUGAAACAACCUCAAUCUGUUGUUAACUGCCUCUUAUUAAUGUUAAAAAGAUUAGAUAUUGAUUUAGAAGUGCUGGUAAAGCCACCUCCUGAAGAAGAGAGAACUGAAAACACUAAUUAUUAUUGGGAUCUAAUACCAAUAAUUAAUUUAACAAAGAUAAUUAACUAUAUAACAAUCAAGCCUCAAACAUUGCAAACUGAUGUCACUCUAUCAUCUAUUUUGCAACCAACACCAAAAACAUCAGGCGCAUUACUUAUGUAUCUUUUUAAUUAUAUGUUAUUUAUUGAGCAACAGGUGGAUACAUUACAGCCAUAUGAAGAUGAAAUUUUAGGGAAUCAAGAAAAGAUUUCACGCUUGCAGGAUUAUCGAAAAGAAGUUUUACACAGUCUUAACAAUCAAUGUAUGCAGAAGGGAGAGAGAGAGCAGAAAAUUCAAGAGAUGGAAAUAGAAAUAGUGGCUUUAGAAGAAGAAUUAAGAAGAGAAAAGGCAGCUCUUAACUCUGAGAGCAUUGAAAUCCAGCCAAUAUUACAGAAAAACCAGAAAGAGCAGAAAAUUGUUGAACAACUAACAUCUCAGAGAGAUGCGUUAGUUGUUGAUAUAAAAAAAUGCAAAGCACAAAUAGUACUCGAUGCCGAUGAUAUUAAGGAGCAAGAGGAAAAGAUGGCUCAAGAAAUGGCAGAUGCUGAGAAAUUGUGUAAUACUCAGUCUGAAGCACUCACGCAAAAAGAAAACAGACUGAUGAAUUUGCAGACAAUCAAACAGAUAUUUGAAAGUGCAAAUGAGUGCUUGCAUGAGAUUAUGGAAAUCGUGGAAAGCUUGAGGGAAUCUGAAAAGAGUGAUGCAGAUGGGGAAGAAGGAGAACUAAAGAUGUUGAACACAGAAUUGUCGGAGCUGAUGUCUCAGCUCUCUGAAAUAUCUGUGGCAAGGCGCGACGCGAGAAACAAGAGACAAAACGAUCACGACUUGAGGCAACAGAUUAUGGCUUUCAUGGAGAGGGAAGUGCAUGGCCUCAAUAAGAGAAGAAUAGAAUGGAAGGAGAAGGCACAGAAAGAGAUGUCACAAUUUAAGAAGAUAGAAGAGGAUAUGGCAAACGAGAAACAGAAUGAAUCCUUAUAUCAGCAAGAACCGGCUAACAUCAAAGAGCAGUUAAUAAAACAAAUCACAUCACUUUCUGAAGAAUUAAUGGAAGCGUUGAAGACCUUUGGAGUUGAAAUUAAAUCUAAGUUUACAUGA